CCCCCCCCAACCACCACCACAACCAACCACAGAAAUGCCCUCGCAAGAAUGCCAAGAAUUCCCGAAAUUCCCACAACACCCUGAUGAAGACACAAUGGAAGGCAGUACGCCAUACUACACAUACCGAGCACCCACUAUAACAGUAUCACUUGCCAUACAACCCUGCAGAGGGUGACAAGCACUACUGGUAGGACGUCAGUCAGUGCCACUGCAUAUGCAACGGAGGAGGUUCAACCUGGGAUAGGUGCAGCGCAAGUAACAAACACAGAAUCAUGCACGUGUACUAAGUUAAGUUUUGUCUUGCUUGACGCAGUACACGGCACCUCCUUUUUCCCCCCAACUAAAAAAAAACAUGAAAGGAUGUGUCCGGAUCGCUUCACCAGUGAUGGCACGACGAGGUGGAAUUGUUUUUGUUUACAAAUUAUUUGAACAGCGCCCUCAAGAGGACGGAGAUAAAGCGGCCAUGCCAGAGCGCCAUCAAGCUGAAAGAAGAACGGGGGUCGUAUUUCUGGAGAUGUUUUGAUCAAUUUUAAGGUGUGCAGGGCUGCAAAUGUAGAACCGCCAACUUGCCAAUAAGCACAUUUAUAUAUACAGAGCUCUGAGAGAACCAAAACAAGGGAAACCUUGACGUUGACCUGGAGUUAGCGAACACUAGACUCAACAGCGUAGUAGCACACACAGUAGCAAUAAUAAUGGAGACUGACGAUUCGAUCCAGAAUGAGCCUUCAGUCAUGACUGAAACCGUGGAAACAAUCGAAGAUACCCUGACAACCAUAAAGACAAGUACCCCUGUGAAAAACUCAAGCGCUAAGGAUGACUUGCCAGUAGUAAAACCCGACAUGGGAGACCUCGAGGUGAUUGUGCACGCUGUCACAGAAGGUCUUUGCGACACAGAGGAAAACGCAGGUUCCGAUACCAUUCCAGAAUCAACGACCCUGGAGGCAACCGGUGACGAGUCAUCCUUGACGAUGUCGCAAAACGAGGAGCAGGUCGCUGUGACGAUGGCACACUCGCUGAGCCUCCCUCUGGACGGAGAGGCACCGACGGAUGACUUAAUCAGGAGGAAGAUGCUCAUGGCCAAAAUCAAAGAAGUCAUGCACAGCAGGAAUUCGGACAUGAUGUCCGAAGAGAAGAUUCAGAGGAUUCACAAAGUCUUGAAGAACGGAAGCGGUAAAGCCGGGGAUGAACCACCGAGGUUUAUGUUCUACGUUCGAUCCAGACAGUUCACGCUGAAGUGUGCCCCGGAGCUCGGCUGGGAUGAGGAUGUUGUGUGUGAGCCGACAAAAUCAGAGGAUCCUUAUGACGAUUCGUUGCUUGGCAACUGGAGGCGGGUGGCCGCAGCUGAAGACGUGUACACUAUCCUCAACAACAUUCACGAAGCCACAUGUCCUCAUAAAAACUACAGAAGUAUAUAUUUUGAUGUAUGUAAAAAAUAUUCCCGCAUUCCACGUCACAUCUGUAAGGAGUUUGUGGAGCUCUGCCCCAACUGCAAGAACAAGAAGGACAGGUCUUCUAUUAGAGUCAACACAGACGGAACACCCGCACGGCCGCUGAAGCGCAAGCAGAACUUCUCACCUAUGAGGGUCACAAAAACUACGUGUAGAGUCAAGCUUGAAGAUUUCAAGUUGACGGGUUUGAUAGCCGCUCCCUUCACACCCUUCACAAAGGAGGGUGACUUGAACCUGAGAAGCAUCUCCAAAUAUGUUGAUGUGCUCAGAGCGGAUGGAGUCACAAACGUCUUUGUUCUUGGAACGACAGCUGAGGGACCCUCGUUAACAAUAAAGGAGAGGAAGAUGGUGGCAGGUGAAUGGGUGAAGUGCGCCAGGGGAAAGUUAGAUGCUGUAAUUGUUCAGGUCGGUACAGAGAACUUAAAAGAAACGCAGGAAUUGGCUGUACAUGCAGGAAACAUAGGAGCAUCUGCCAUUGCUGUUCUCCCUCCCGUCUAUUUCAAGCCUCAAACACCGGAGCAUCUUGUGAACUACUUGAAGCAAGUCAGCUCAGUUGCCCCACAUGUGCCACUAUUCUACUACCAUAUACCUAUGAGGACGGGAGUCAAUUUUUCUAUGAUGGACAUUCUACGGUCCAUGGAGACUGACCCUGUUCCAAGCUUCAAGGGGGCCAAGUUUGUGACCCAAGACCUGACCGAUUUCAGUCUGUGCGUCAACGUGUCCAAAGGAAAGUUCCAGAUGAUCUAUGCGCUGGAUGGGAUGAUCCUACCAUCUAUGACGUUAGGAGGUGAGGCGUAUGUUGGCAGCACGUAUAAUUUUGCGGGGCGAGUUUAUACAAGAAUGAUAGAAGCUUUCAAUAACGGCAACCUGGAGGGAGCAAGAGCUGAACAGUUUCGAAUGCAUGCAUUUCUGGACGUCAUGAACAGAUAUGAGAAACUUUCGGGCCCAGCAACUCUCAAGUACACCAUGUCGUUGUCUAGAUUUGAUGUUGGGCCUCCAAGACCGCCACAAUCACAGAUGUCGCUCGAAGACCUCAAGGCACUGCGGACUGACCUUACUGAAAUAGGCUUCUUCGACUGGAUCAAAUAAACUAUCAUUCCUUACUUAAAGGCACUGGACACCUCCAGUAAUUGUCAGUAUUCUUAUUUUGGUGUAUCAUAACAUGCAUAAAAUAACAAACCUGUGAAAACUUGGACUCAAUUGGUCAUCCAAGUUGCAAGAAAAAAAAAC